UACUGAGACUCCGCUGUACCACUGCUUACCUCUCUGCCCGUUAUCUGAGUAACCGAGUUUCCAUCAUAUUUCAAAGUAUUCUGUCUGAGACAAAAGAAGUUAUGAGCCUGUCUGAAAUGGCAAAACACCAAGAAGUGUAAAUAUUUGCUGAUAUAUGAAGCAAAGGAAGGAGAAACUGAUCAUACCCUGGCAAAGAUUUAGUCUGGUUAUUUCAGCAUCCUUCACCAGUUAAUGUUUUGUUUUAAUUGGCUUGGAAGCUUCACUAAUCAUUUUAACUAACUUCUUUUCACUCUCUCUUCUGCUUUUUGGCUUGCUGCACGGGAUGCUCACGGCUCUUGGCUUUACUCGACUAACAAAUAGUUGUAAUGCUAACACAGAGAGGUAACUCAAGCUUGUAACCCUACUGCUGCCUUGGUUAACGCUCCACUACUGCUGUUUUACACUAUUGCCUUAUGAACAAAAAGAAGAUUGAGUGAAAGCAAGCAAAGAUCCUAUACAUUUUAUACACUUAACGACUAAACAUGAAGAUUAAAUCAGAAGUUUCCACUGUUGUGUUGCUGCCUGUCUACUUAUUAAUGUUUGUGUACACUGCACUCACCUUUUUACCAUGGUAUUUUCUUACUAACACAAAGAAACGAAAAGCCAUGGCAAAUCGAGUAAAAGCAAAGCCUGUUUCGGACAAAGUUGGAAGCCCUUACCGGGCUCUUAGUCAUUUUGACUCACUGGCCACCAUAGGCCUUCCUGGAGCCGACACGCUGGACAAACUCUUCGAACAUGCACUAGCAAAAUUUGGAAAGAAUGAUUGUCUGGGCACAAGAGAAAUCCUAAGUGAAGAUAAUGAGAAGCAGCCAAAUGGCAAAGUCUUUAAAAAGUUAAUUCUGGGAGAAUAUAAAUGGUUGAGCUACGAAGAGGUUAAUCUGAAAAUCCAUCAUUUUGGGAGCGGUCUAGCAUCACUGGGCCUAGAGCCAAAGAGCACUGUUGCUAUAUUUUGUGAGACCAGAGCAGAAUGGAUGAUUGCAGCACAAGCCUGUUUCAAAUACAAUUUUCCCUUGGUCACAUUGUAUGCUACACUUGGAGAGGAAGCGGUUACCUAUGGCUUGAAUGAAUCUGGAGCGACUCAUCUCAUUACCAGUGCUGAGCUCUUAGAAACAAAACUGAAGCUAGUUUUGUCACAAAUCACCUGCCUUAAACAUAUCAUUUAUGUGGAUAAAAAAAGUAUAAAUAAAGCCGAAUAUCCUACAGACCUUGUCAUUCAUAAUAUGGAAACAGUGGAAGAGUUAGGAGCCAAACCAGAGAACUUGAACAACCCACCAAGGAGGCCAGUUCCUAGUGAUUUGGCAGUUGUGAUGUAUACAAGUGGAUCUACUGGCAAACCUAAAGGAGUCAUGAUGAUUCACAGUAAUCUUAUAGCUGGCAUGGCUGGACAGUGUGAAAGGAUACCUGGGCUUGGUGAUAAAGAUACAUAUAUUGGAUAUUUACCAUUGGCACAUGUUCUGGAGAUGACUGCAGAGAUAUCCUGUGUGACAUACGGUUGUAGAAUUGGAUAUUCUUCACCACAAACCCUUUCAGACCAGUCAAGCAAAAUUAAGAAGGGAAGCAAAGGUGACUGCAGCGUCCUGAAACCUACCCUAAUGGCAGCUGUACCUGAAAUUAUGGAUCGCAUUUACAAAAACGUGAUGAGCAAAGUACAAGAAAUGAAUGUUUUCCAGAGAACCUUGUUCAAACUUGGUUAUGAUUACAAACUGGAGCAAAUAAAGAAGGGAUAUGAUGCCCCACUAUGCAAUAUGUUACUGUUCAAAAAAGUAAAAGCUUUAUUGGGUGGCAAUGUGCGCAUGAUGUUGUGCGGGGGAGCUCCUCUUUCACCACAGACACAGAGAUUUAUGAAUAUUUGUUUUUGUUGUCCAGUUGGUCAGGGAUAUGGGCUAACGGAAACAUGUGGAGCUGGCACUAUCACUGAAGUUUGUGACUACAGCACUGGUAGAGUCGGGGCUCCUCUUAUCUGCUGUGAAAUUAAGCUUCGAGAUUGGCAAGAAGGUGGUUAUACAAAUCAAGACAAGCCAAAUCCCAGAGGAGAAAUCAUUAUUGGUGGGCAAAAUGUUUCUAUGGGCUAUUUUAAAAAUGAUGAAAAGAAUUUGGAUGAUUUCUUCGUGGAUGAGAAUGGGCAGCGAUGGUUUUGUACUGGGGAUAUUGGAGAAUUCCACCCAGAUGGAUGUUUGCAGAUAAUAGAUCGUAAAAAGGAUUUGGUGAAGCUUCAGGCUGGAGAAUAUGUCUCUUUAGGAAAAGUAGAAACUGCACUGAAAAACUGUUCACUUAUUGACAACAUCUGUGCCUAUGCCAACAGUUACCAGUCUUACGUGAUCAGCUUUGUAGUUCCUAAUCAGAAGAAGUUGACUGGUUUAGCACAACAGAGGGGGCUAGAAGGAACAUGGGAGGAGAUCUGCAAUAAUGCCAUAAUGGAGGCAGAAGUACUAAAAGAGAUUAAGGAAGUAGCUGGCUCAAUGAAACUAGAAAGGUUUGAAAUUCCCAUCAAGGUACGACUUAGCCCCGACCCUUGGACUCCUGAAACUGGCCUGGUAACCGAUGCAUUUAAACUAAAGAGGAAAGAGUUGAAGAAUCACUAUCUAACAGACAUUGAAAGGAUGUAUGGGGGCAAAUAGGACCCAAGGAGAUGAACUUUUUUCUUUUUGUGUGUGUGUUUUUGUUGUUUUUUUUGUUUAGUUUUUUAAUUCAGGAGGGACAGCAUUUUAUAGACUGUAUAUAUGGUGGUGUUUUCAGAGUUUUUGACAGCAUGUUUGUGUGUGAAGUAGAAAAAAAGAAAUGGAAAAAAAAUUAUAUAUAUAUAUAUAUAUAUAUAUAUAUAUAUAUAUAUAUAUAUAUAUAUAUAUAUAUAUACACACACAAUAUACACACUCUAUUGUGGUGUAUCCCAUUAUAGUACCACUUGACAGGACGCAGACCUAAAAAGUAAAUAAAUAAAUUGUCACGCUUAAAACUGAAGGCUUCCAGAGCUUUCACUGGUAAAAGUAUGAAACUUGGCGCAUAUAAUUUCUCAAAUGACAUUUGCAACGGUUUCUAACAUACCUAGACAUGUCUAUGUAAUGGAGAGCAUACAUGAUUUUUGUGUUUACAUGUGUAUUUUCUUUUGAACGGUCUUGAAGGAUUGUCGGCUUGGUAGAUUUGAACAAUUAUAUCUACAGUAAUAUCUAUUUAGUAAGCCAUCACCACUAAACAUGAACAUUACCCUGUUAUUAAAGUCUGUUCUUUCCUGCCCUUGGGGGUGCAGUUCGUUCUUGUUGUGUGUCAAGAAGAGGAUCUUCAUUAGGGGCUAAAAUAAUGGUUUCUACAGUAUAAAUACACAUGUAAGAUUUAAGUAUGCAUUCUCUCUCUGGGAUCUUGGUUUCUUGCUUAUGUACAAACUUCAUUUUUUUUUUAAAUUGGAACUUAGGCCACUUGGCUACAGAAUUGAAAACCAAAAAUGAAAUUCAGCCUCAAGAUGCUUAUACCAAAUCUUAUUUUUGAUCUGACAUUGCAGUUUUUUGUGACUUGACUUAGCAAUGUAUUCAAGUCUAAGUAGCGGAAUUAUAGAAUGUUAUCUGUAAAUGAACAUCUUGGUAUUUAUCUCGGCUAAUCACCCAUUUGUAUUUUAUUUCUCUACAAACAUUGCUUUUGGCUCUAAAGUAAUCAUUGGUUUUUUUUGGGGGGGGUUGUUUUUUUUUUUCAUUUCUAUCAACAUUUGGUGGUUGUUUUAAAUAUGCAAAAAUGAAGGGUUUAACAAACACUCAAAAGAAGCUCACAGGUGUUGAAUUAAGAGUACUAUUUUAAAACUAUUUUGAAUUACAUUCUAUUUUAUUCUGCUGCUAUAAGACCCUACAAGACCUGUGUUCUUUCUGUAGGGGGUAAGUAAGAAAAAAAAGUAUGCAAUCAUAUUGUCAAGUAGUUAGUUGGACCAAUGAACUAACAGAUUGAUGCCCAGCUGGUACUGAAUUACAGAAUAAUAUAUGAUUAUUUAUAUUAUUUAUAUAUAAUUUGUUUGUCAAUAUAUACCCCACAGACAUAAUCAGGCUGCUUGUUAUGAGGUUUAAGCAACUAGUUUGAUUGCAAUCAAAGGCAAAUGGAAAAACAUUGGGUUAUUAAGUGUUUGUGUAAAAAAUAAAAUACUAGAUUAGUUUAUAAUAGCAGUUAUCUGCACUUUAGGGAAGUGUGGCAGUGCUGGUUGCAGACCAACAAUUGUGCCUCUCUAUCAGGUAUCUUCUAAAUGGUUUAAAAAAUCUUCUAAAAAUAGUCUUACUUGCUGUAGUUUGGUUUUCACAUUAAAAUAUUACUGUAAAAGCGAGGGAUCUCUUUGAAUGUACUUUUGCACUUUUUUCUUGUUAUGGAUAGUUAACGGUAUUUGUACAGUUGUCAGCCAGAGGACACGCUAGUUUUAAGAUCUUAAACUAUUUAUUAAGGAAAAAACUAUUUUUUAUUUAAAUCGUAUGUAUAUGGAGACCACAAAAGACUAUUGUAUUGUAUUGUCACUGUAAAAAAAAAAUAAAAAAAAAUAUUUGUACUUGUUCAUGUAAUAAUGGGGGCAUAUUUUCUUGUGUUCUUGUUUCGCCAAUAUUCAGCGUUAGUAUUUGCACUGUUUUUCAACUAUUAGCGUUGUUUAGGUCAGCUGGCAUUGAAAGUUAAUCGGUAAAUUCAUAGAAACAAAUCUAGUUUAGCAACAUGGUUUGAUUAAUUAAAAAAAAGCAAUGCAUAUCUAAAGUAUAUGUCAUUUCGUAAAGCCUUGGAAACAAAAGUGCAUGCAAUCUCUACAUUUUUUACUUCUCCUUUCUAGUUAUGUAAACAGGGCAUUUAAUAGGAUUUAAGUCCAUGCUAAUGAGCAUCAUGGAACAAACAGUUUCUUCCUUUUUUUUUUUUUUUUGUAUACUUACUGUAUGUUUGAAAAUGCCCACUGCUUUCCUAAUGCUCGCGUUAAUGGAUUACUUAAAGGGACAUGAAACCCAAAAAUUUUCUUUCAUGAUUCAGAUAGAGAAUACAAUUUUAAACAACUUUCCAAUGUUCUUCUAUUAUUGAUUUUGCUUCCUUCUCUUGUUAUCCUUUGCUGAAAGGUUUAUCUAGGCAAGCUCAGGAGCAGCAGAGAACCUAGGUUCUAGCUGUUGAUUGGUGGCUGAAUAUAUAUAUAUAUAUAUAUAUCUUGUAAAGGUGUAUCCAGUCCACGGGUUCAUCCAUUACUUGUGGGAUAUUCUCCUUCCCAACAGGAAGGAGAAUAUCCCACAAGUAAUGGAUGAACCCGUGGACUGGAUACACCACAAGAGAAAUAAAUUAAUCAGGUAAGCAUAAAUUUUGUUAUAUAAUCGAUUGUGAUUGGCUCACCCAUGAGUUCAGUUAGAAACCAUUAGUGCAUUGCUGCUUCUUCAACAAAUUAUACCAAGAGAAUGAAACAAAUUAGAUAAUAGAAGUAAAUUAGAAAAUUGUUUAAAAUAGUAUUUUCUAUAUGAAUCAUGAGAGAGAAAAUUUGUGUUUCAUGUCCCUUUAAGUAUUAGGAAGUAUUGGCUACAUUCUCAGUUAAUGCAGACUGAAAUGGUAAUUUAUACAAGCACACUUUUUUAUGGGUAGUUGAAAGCACUAGCGGUAACUGUUCAUUUUGAACUUUCUUUUAUAUACUUUUUUUUUUUCUUCAGACUAAAAAUAGUUUUCAAAGUACCUUAUGUUUAAUAGGAACCUCUUUGUCCUUUUAAAUUACUGAAAAUGCUGCAGAAGUAUGAAUUUAACACUGCCACAGAAGGGACCACUCUUUCUUGAAAUAAAAUAAAAAUUAAAAAAAGUUUAGAGUUUAUUUUUCUGAACAUAUCAAUAUGUUGUGGGUUAUUUUAUUCUAUCUGUUUUUCUUUGCAAUUUAAUUUAUUGAUGUGUUAAUCUUUUUUUUAUCAAUGUUCAGAAUUACUUUUCUGGAAAAACAGCUGUAACUUAUGUAGUAAAUGUGUAUGAUUUGUUUUUGUAACCUUUUAUGCAUUUUGAGUGUUUGUAAUUUUUUCAAACUGACUUUCUCAGUCUUCAUUGUUCCGCUCAUUUUACCUCUUUUGUGAGGUUUUGUUUAAGCAAGGCAUAAUAAAAUGAUUACAUUUUGUGACAAUUA